CAGAGAUUACAACAAGCAUUAGAUAAAUACAAAGAAAAAGUAAUAAACGUAUCAAAGGAUAUGAUUGAAAUAAAAUUAAGUAAAAAAAAUCACUAGUAGAAAAAUCCUAAAAAUGAUAAAGAUAUCGGCAUUAAACGAAGAAUCUAGUGAAGAAAGUGAAGAAGAAGAUGUACCAACUAUUACAAAAGAAGCUCAAGAACAAAUAGCUUUUACUGAAUAUAAUAAAGCUUUAGUAUUAUUAAAAGAAAAUAAACAAGAAGAUGCACUUAAUAUUUUUAAAGAUCUUUUAGAAACUGAAUUGUUGGAUGAAGUUCAAAAACCUGAAAUACCCGAUGGUAAAUCUAGACCAAUGUUGUCAUUAAAAUAUUCUUGUUUUAAAAAUAUUGGAGCUAUACAGGCCAUAUUAGGAAAUUAUGAUGAAGCUAUAGAAAAUUAUUGGGAAGCAGCUAAUUUAGAUGAUUCAGAUGUAACACUGUGGUAUAGAAUAGGCACUUUAGCUUUGAAAAUUUCAAAUUUAGAAUUAGCAUGUUCAUCAUUUAAGCAAGGUUUAAAAUGUAAUGCAAAUCAUUGGCCAUGUUUAGAUAAUAUGAUAACUGCCUUAUAUGCAGUUCCUGAUUAUAUGAAUUGUCUUUUAUAUAUUUCUAUGGCAUUAGAACGUGACCCUACUUAUGUGAAAGGUUUAGCUUUUCGUGAUAAAAUAUUUAAAGACAUUCCAUGCCUUGAAGAAUGCUAUAAAUUAUAUAAUAAUGAUUGGCAGUUAGAUCCACCAUUAUAUACUCAAUAUGAUCAUUUAAUAGGAGAUAAGUUAAUAGCAGAAGCAAAAGAUAUUGCCAAAAAAUGGGCAGAAGCUUGUAAAAAAGAAUUUUGUCCUAAACCAUUGCCAGAUUUGACAUUAAGGAAACCUAUAAAAAAUUAUACUUGGUUAGAUUUAGGAGAAUGUUUAUUAGAUAUGCACAGAUACAUUGCAGAAAAUAACUUAAGUUUCGUUAGUAGAAUUAAUUUAAUUGUUCAAAAUUCUGAAGAGAUAUCUAAAACAUAUACUGAGACAGAAAAUGAUGCUAACACUGAUCAAGAAAUAUUACAAAGUGCCAUGAUAAAAAAUGAAAAUGAUAUUGAAAAAUCAAUGAAGAUGGAAACGGAUGAAACAAAUUCUCCAUUUGAAACAUCUGAUGACAAUCAAGUAUGUGCUGGUACUGAAUCUCUAAUGGAAAUUGAAAUAGAAGAUGACAAAAAAUCAUGUUCCACUGAUGUACAAAUAAUAGAAGAUGAAGAUCCUUUAAGAAUUUUAGAUACAGAUGCUGUACAGUUUGAAGAACAAAGUCAAAUAAAAAAUGAUUUAGAUGAACAAAAUUUUGAAGUACAUGAAAGUGAAGAUAAAUUACAAUUAGAUAAAAUAAUGGAUGAUGCUGAUAAUGAAGCACAAAAUGAUAAUAUUAGUGAUAAAGAUAGUAACAAAUCUGAUGAAAAAAAUUUAAAAAAAGAAGACAAACCACAGUGUAAGACAGAAGAAAAAUUAUCUGAGAAAAUUGAAGGAAAAGAAGAAGUACAAAAGGUGAAGAAGAGAAGAAGAAGUGCUUUAUGUUUUCUACAACAAUGGGCUUGGAGUUGUAAUAGCAUGAGACGUUCAGCAAGAGUUAGAAGUUCAAAUAGAAGAGAAGCUGAAAGAGAUGAUGUUCAACUAGAAGAAACUCUUAGAAGAAUAUUUCCUAGCACAUUAUUACCAGAUACUGUAAAAUUAACCAAAGAUGAUCCUUCUAAAAAUAUGGAUGAUUCUAUGGAUACAAUGGAUUUAUAUCAAUUGUUUGCUAAUCAAGAAAAUAAUAGCAAUAUUAUAGAAACAGUUAAAAGUUCUGAGAGUUCGAAAUCACCGAGUCCCGAUAUGAGUCAACAACAAAAUUAUUUCGGCACAGAAUGUGAAAUAGCUGAUGUAAAUAUAUUUAUUAAUGAACACAGUAAUAAGAAUAAUUUAAUGAUAAUUAUAGCAAAAUAUACAGAAUUUUUAUGUACUAAAUGGAAUCAACAAUGGUCUAAAGGAAUAUUAGACAUAUAUUUGCAAGCAUAUACAUUUAUGAGAGAACACAUUCCUCAUCCAUCACCAUUUGAAGAUAUAAAUGAUGAUGUUUUAAAAUUAGAUGCUGAAAUGACUUUAUUAUUUGGUGAACUUCACACAGAUAAAUGGUUAAGCAAUAAACCAGAUAUAUUACCUUCUUCAACAUUAGAUAAACUUGGUACAGGAUUGCCAUCUGAAGAAUUAGGGCAUAUAAUUUUUACAAGCGUUAGAAGAGAUAUUAUAAAUGAAGAAAAUAUUUUCAUAUUAUUAAGGGUUUUAUGGCUCAAAGCUAAUAUUUUUUUGUGCCAAGGAGAUACAGAUAUUGUCAUUGAAACUUUAGAAUUGUUAUUAAAUCACAUGCAAGAAUUGGAAAAACAAAAUCAAAACAUUUUUUUGAAACUGCCUAAUUGUAAAUAUAAUUCUCAAAUCAGUAUUAAAAUAGUAGAGAAAAAACUUAAAUCUAUUCAUAGAGGACAAAAAUUAGGAGAGAUACAAAAUCUGUAUGAUGAAAAAAAAUAUGCUGAACUAGCUUAUAUAUUACAGGAUACAUUUAAAUUUGCAAAACAAGGAAAUAAAUUUUUAUCUGUAAAUGAUAAUAUUGUUGAUAGGGUACAACAAUUAUCUAUGUUAUUAGAUAGUUUAUGGCAAUUACAACAAUAUGAGGAAUGUUAUGUGUGGGCAGAAGCUUGUCUUAAUGAGGCAUGGCAAAAUUAUUUAAAUGCUUCUGAUGAAAUCGAACAAAAAAAAUGGACAACUUCUAUUUUAAUGGCACUUGAAAAAUUAAAAGCUUGUACAAUUGAAGUUAGCACUUUUGUUGUGAAAUAUUUGCCGGAAACACGUCUUUCAAGAUUAGUACAAAAUUUGGUUCAUAUUGUUUGCAAUCAAUUAGAUGUAUCAGAAACAACUGUAGAAAUGCCACUUGAAACUGUUUUACCUUGGAUUUUAUUGCAUUAUAUUUUGCAAUAUAAAGAAGAUAAAGAGAGAGCAAAGGCUGAAUCAUCAUAUAAAAAUAAACAUAACUCUAAUUAUUCUGAAUCAGAUGAUGAAGAUGAAGGUGUUCCAGCAUCCAUUAUGAUUUUAUUUAUUGCUCAUGAUUUUAUGGGAAGACAUUCAUGGUGUUGUUAUAAUGAAGCAAAACUAUUAUUUUUUACUUUAAAUUUAGUUAUUCCAAAAUUGGAAACACCUCAAUUUUCUAGCAUAAAAAGCAAAGUUUCAAAAUAUUUAGAACAAAUAUUUUAUUGUUUGUAUGGUCAUUAUAAUAAAGUAAAUAAGAGUCGACCAAAACAUAUAGAGGAACAUGGAGUACCUCAAAUGAAAGUGACUUGGGAAGGAGCACAAUUAUUGUUCGAUUUCUAUAAACCCAAGCAAAUACCAGAAUUUUGUUCACCUAAAUCUUUAACAAUUAGUGCAGAUACAGAAGAUUUAUUUAAACGUAUAAUAAAGUUAAUUCCUCCAGAAAGUGAUCCAAAUCAAGUAAUUGAUGAAAUGAUGGCUUAUAUCAUGGGUGAACGAGAAACAAUGCCAACUGUCAAAAAACUUCUACCACAUUCUAUGUCCACUAUUUAUUAUCUGCUAGCAGAUUUUUAUUUUAAAAACGGUAAGUGGAGUGCAGCUAUUCGAUAUUAUUUAUUGGAUUUAUGUUUUCAUCCAACAAGAUUGAGCUCUUGGACUGGAUUAGCAAUGUCAUCAGCCACUGUAAUAGACACUUGGUUAAAUAAGUAUACUCCAAUAAAUGAAGACAAACUUUUAGCAAAAGCAAAAUUAACUCAAUCUAGUUAUCGACAUGCUGUCGAAUUAGAUUCCUGUAAUCAUAUUAUUUGGACUGAAUAUGGAUCAUUUGCAUAUACUGUUCAUUCAUUUUGUUCACGAUUAUUAAAACAAGAGACACAUACAUUAAGUAUGGGACGAUUUGAAAUCCUAGAAACUAGGAAAGAAGAAAUGUUAGAAAUAGCAUAUAAAUGUUUUCAAUCUUGUGCUCGUUUAUUUAUUGGUGAUAAGGAUGGAACAAUACCACAUGAUGAAAGAUGGUUAUAUCAAUAUAUGCUUGGUAAAAUUGCAGAAAAAAAAAAUCAAGAUCCUCCUAUAUAUUUAGAACAUUAUGCAAAGGCUAGUGAAUUAUUAUAUCACAAUAAUGCACAAUAUCCACGCAGAAUAAAUCAUAAAUAUCCACAGCAUCUUUCAAUAGAAGCAUUAGAAGUCCAUUAUCGAAUUCAUGCAAGCAUAUUAAAAUAUCUUGAGCAGCACGAAGGAAAACCCUUGAAAAAAUCUUUAGGUCAAUUGCUUCAAUUUCAUCUUGAGAAAUGUGCUAAAGGGCCUUUUAUGAAAUAUACUUCAAAAUUAAAUGAGAAAACUAAGGAAGAAAAUCUUUUCACAAGUAAUAAAAUUAUUGGAAAAGAAAUGGAAUUUACAACUGAAAGUGACAGAAAUGUUGUCACCAUUGCUCAACGUUCAAAUAGUAUCGAGGAAAUUGAAAUUAUAGACAGAACAAAUACAGGAUUUGGAACAAAUCAACGUAAUGAACAAGAAAAAACUGAAACACGUAAAAGAUCUCCUACUGAAUUACCUCAAGAUAAUAUAAAGAAAAUAAAAUUAAGCAAUGUAUCUCAUUUGCAAUUAAUGCAUGAUGUCGUAGCUUUAAUAGAUGAUGUAAUCACGAAAGUUUGCGAUAUGGUUUCACAAAAAGAAAAAAUCGAUGAUAUUAUGGUAUUAUCGAGUGAUGAAAGCAAUGAAUCAAAAUCACAAAAAAAGAAAGCAAAGAAAACUAUUGAAAAAACAAAGAUAUUAAAAUCAGAUGAUGCUAAAAAAAAUUCAUUAACGUCUGUAAAGAUUGGUACCAUAUUCGAAAAUGAAACGAAGUCGGAGAAUGUUCAAGAUUUAAUGGAUGCACUCAUGAAACAAGCAAUGGAAAUUAGUCAAGAAACACGACAGUCUUCACCUGAAGACGAAGAUACAAGAAAAUUUGAUGGAAAAUGGUUACAAAAUGAAGAUUUUCAAUUAAAUAAUAAAGAAAUGAAAGAUAAAAUUCUCGAUAAAAAGAAGCCUGCUAGUGCUACGAAGGAAGAAACAACUUUAAGUAGGAGAGGUUCACAAGAAAGUACAACAACCACACAAACAACUACGACAACGGAAACAAAUAAUUCUAGUUCUAGUAGCAGCGAUGAAUCAAGUAGCAGUGACGAUAGUUCUGAUAGCGAUAGUUCAACUGAUACUGAAACCGAUUCUGGUGAAAGUGAAAGUGAAAAAAAGAAAGAAGAUUCAGAUUUUGCACAAAAAGAAGAAAAUAUGUCAGAAGAAGAAGUUGCUACUUUAAUAGCAUAUUGUUUAGCUGGUCUAGAACAAUGCAUCUUAAGAUUUUCAGAACACUACAAAUCAUUUUACAGACUAUCUCAUUUUUUCUUCAAUAACAAGACUGCUAAAGAUAUAAUAAAAUGCAGAAAUCUUUUGUUAGACAAUUAUAAUUGUCAAUUUUAUCGAGGCGAAAAUUUUCAAGGAUUGUUUGCUGAUAGAAAAAGCACAAAUUUUUUCAAUGGCGUAUGGCAUAUACCAAACAGAGAAGUUGAUAGACCGGGAAGUUUCGCUUUUCAUAUGUCUCGUUGCGUAACUUUAUUAAUGCAAGUACUUAAAGAAACGAAUGAUGGUCGAAUGUUAAUGCAAUUAAGUGUGCAACUUGGAAAAAUACCAGAAUCAGACAAAAAAUAUUUACGUGAUUCAGAAAGAGAGCAAUUAUCUUGUCAAGCAUUGACUCUGUGUUUGCAAUCUCUUAGAACUAAGGUACAAUUAAUGGGAACAAGCACUUCUGAUCUUGCAAUUAACAAAAAUGCAGAUGCUAGAACUCAAGUACUUCUUGAUACAUAUUGGGUAUAUCAGAGAGCUUUAAAAAGUUUUCAAACUAAAGAACAAACUAUACAAGUACUUGCUUCUUUAUUGGUAGAUACGUAUAAAACAUAUAUCGGCAAUAAAAAUUUGGAAGGAAAUGUUUUAGAAAUUGCUACAAAAUAUUGUAAUGAUUAUAAUUAUAAUCGAAAAGUUUUAAGCAAGUUUUUCUCUAGUCUUGAUAAACCUACAGAAAAUCAAACACAGCCUCAAGCUACAUCUCCAAUUCCUGUAACUACAUCCCAACCACAAAUCACUUCUACAUCACCGCAAUCUUCUCAAAGUCGAAAACCAUACAGAAAUUUAACAUCCACUGGUCGACCAAGAGGACGUCCACCCAAUGUGAAUAAAUAUCUACAAGCAAUGCAAAGUAGUAACGCAAUGAAUCAAUUCAGUGCGAAAGCUACUUUCGCUAAUUAUAUGGGAGCAUCGGGAAAUCGAUCUUUAAUGAAUCCUUAUUUUAUGCAUCCAUUAGUUGAUCCAAAUAUAUUAUCCGCUUUAUUAACAAGUGGAUUAAGCAAUAGUAUGAUGGAUCCUUUAUCAGCUAUGAAUUAUUUAAAUCAAAUGGGUAAUUAUCAAGAUAUUUUGAGACAAUAUCAAAAUAAUCUUUCUUCUUUAUCAAGUCUAGCUAGUGGAUUAAAUAGUACCAUUGCUACUGCAUCCAACAUUAGCAGUGUACCUACAAUGAGUACAUCUACUUCUAAUAUGAAUGCUGCUUCUAAUAUAAAUAAUUUGGGUAACUUAAAUAAUUUAACAGUACAACAGUUAUUAAAUUUAAGUAAUGCUUCAGCAACAACUUCACGUUCUACACCCAUGUAUCAACAAGCAGUAACAACAAAAACUACGACCACUGCAUCUUUAACUAAAGAUAGACCUAGUAUAUCAAUAACUCCAGUAAAUACAGUAUUACCCAAAAGUAAAUCAUCAAAACAAAGUCCACAAAGUGAAUCUGUAGCAGUCCAACUUUCAAAAUCUUUACAAAUAUCACAACCAUCAAAAACUAUUUUACAACCACCAACUACACAAGUUUCUUUGCUAAAACCAUCUAUUGUUCACACACAAGUUAAAACUAGUCCACCAAAACAAAUAAGCGCACCUCAAAUUCGAGUAUCAAAGUCAUUGACUGAGCCUCAGCCAGCACACAAUCCGUCUUUAUCGCAUUCUCCUUUGAAAAAUAGUGCGACAACAAACCCACCUGCAGUUCCUCAAGUUGCACAUGCAGCAUUGAGUCCAUCAAUAACCAUGAAACAAACAUUACCUAUAAACGUAUCUACUUCUCAUUCAGGAACGUCAUUACAACACAAAUUAUUAUCAAAGAAAAAUUCACAAAGAUCGUAUUCACAAACAAAUGUGCAAAAUUUAGUUAGAAAAGCAAAACCAGUUAAAACAAUGUCUGCAUUGCCGAAUAAUUUAUCAAAUAUAUUAAGUACAAUGCCUGGGAACUCGUCAAUGGCACCGUACAUACCACCAGAAUUAAGUGGAAUUUCCGUAAGUCCGGUAAAUCCUCAAGCUGGUUUGAAAGGUCCAAGUACAAAAUAUUCACAAUAUAAAAAAUCGUCUACAAAAACGAAACCAACAAUGGAUAUUUCCAAUUCUUUGCCAAAUUCAUAUUCUCAAGGAAAUUCUGUUGAAGCUUUCUCGAUGCUUUCCCAAUUGAAACAGCAUUCGCAUUUAGAGAUCAUACCUCAGCAAAAGCCUCAGCAAAUAAAGUCAACUCUAGAAUACACAAAAAACUUGUCUUCGGGUGUGAGUGUAGUUUCACAAAAAGUGUCAGAAUCUCUAAGGCCAUCGGACUGUAGCAAAACUAUGUAUGAUUUAUCGAGAGGGAAAUCGAGUAGUGUUUCUAGCAAAAAAGGAGAAAAAAUCAAUGAUAGUGUUGAAAUUAUAACAUUAGAUGAUUGAAUGUCCAUUACAAGAAUAUUAGUAUUUCAUCCCUUGUUUUUUAAUUUUUACAUCUCAUUUUUUGACUUUUGUUUAUUAAUGUAUUGUUCAUGCUGAAUGCAAUUGUCAUCCAUAAUUUGAAAUGAUUAUAAUGUAAAUUAUAAGAUAAAAUAAUCAUACAAAUAAUAUUUUUUAACAUUUU